AUGGCGGGCUUGGGGUCGUCCGCCUUGGACGCCUUGGGCUCCGCGGAGGCCUUGGCCUUGACGGCGGGCUUCUUGGCCGCGGCCUUGGUGGAUGAUCCCUUGGUCGCGACGGUCUUCGCGGCGGACUGCGCGAGGAGCCUGGCGGCCACGGAGGACUUGGGGGCGCCCGCGGAGGAGGAGGUGCUGAAGCUGGCGGACCCGCCGAUGAGGGACGAGUCGUCGCCGGUGCCGUUGUUGGCGGUCGACGCGACGAUCGCGGCGGGAGUGCGGCGGUGGAUCGCACGAUUGGCGACCCUGAGACCCUGGAUCAUCGGAAACGGAGCGGGAGGACGCGGUGGGUGGUCAGCUCGGGGCGGAGACACGUCGCGCGGUUAUUUUUUCAAAGAUCGCCGAAAAUCUGCGUUGUCAGGCGGUGAUCUCACGGGGCGCGCGGGUUACGGAGGCGCACCUGCUUGGCGAGCGCGCCGUUGGCGAAGCCGGCGGUGA